AUGGAAUUUCGUGUCUACGUAGAUGGGACAGCAAAAAUAAUUUGUGAUUUAACACGUGAAACAACUAUUCAUGAUAUUAUCAUUGCUUUGGCACAAUUAAAAGGAAAACCUGGACGAUAUUCACUAGUUGAACGAACAUCAAAUUCGUAUCGAACAUUAGAUCCGAAUGAAAAACCGUAUAAAUUAAUUGAAAAAUGGGCAAAUAAUGAUAAUGUACGAUAUAUUCUAAUACAAAAUAAUAAUUCAACAUCAUCGUCCUCGUCCACUAAUGAAACGGAUAAUCAUAAUUCACUACAAAAUAAUCGUAAAAGAUCAAAAAGUUUAGAUGGACGAAAAACAUUAUCAUUUCAACAAAAACAAAUAAAUCAGCAAGAAUGUAAGUCUAAACGUUUUAUAUUGUAUGAUCGUUUAUAG